GCUGUUGUCGGCCGCGGUAGUUAGGACAUCAUGUAGGAGCUGCGCGCAACUAAAUUCCUGGGCUGACGGCGGGCCGAGGCCGGCCGAAGCUGCUGUGGUCUUGGCCAGCGGCAAGCCCGGAGCGGCAUCUGCAACAGGGCGGGCGAGCCCUGGCCGUGCACUCCUCUCGUGCCGGCGUCGCCCCGCCUCUAGGAUAGGACCCGCCCCCUCUCUCACGGCCUGCGACCCGGCGCGCGCUUCUGCCGAGCCGCCCGACCGUCCCGCAUCCGGUACCGGACAGUCGUUAGGAGCGGCUGUGCGGCCGCGGGGACAGCUCCCUCCCAGUUGUUUGCAGCCUCCGCCAGCGUCAGCGCGACCCUCACUCGUGCUGCCCAAAAGUAUUAGCAGCCUGUUCUGAAUCCUCAUGGAGAAGUUUGGGAUGAAUUUCGGGGCCGGCCCGAGCAAGAAGGAGCUGCUGGAGACCAUUGAGACGCAGAAGAAGCAGCUCCUCCAGUACCAGGCCCGUCUCAAGGAUGUGGUCCGCGCUUAUAAAAGUCUACUGAAAGAGAAAGAGGCGCUAGAGGCCAGCAUUAAGGUCUUGUCGGUAUCUCACGAGGCGGAUGUGGACCUUGCAGGUGUCCAGCCUCCAGGCCUCACCUUUCCUGACUCUGUGGAUGACCGAUGCUCCACUCACAGCGAGGAUAGCACUGGGACCGCCACCAGCCUGGAUACUGCAGCCAGUCUUACCAGCACCAAGGGUGAGUUUGCGGUAGAAGAUGACAGACUGGCCCGUGGACCACCACCUCCAAAGUCCGAAGAGGCCAGUGGAUCGGAGAGUGGCGUUAGCAGUAGCAGUGGGGAUGGACUAUCUGGGGGUGGGGAAGUGGACAAACGGCUGCACCAGCUGAAGACUCAGUUGGCUACUUUGACCAGCUCUUUGGCUACGGUCACCCAGGAGAAGUCCCGCAUGGAAGCUUCUUACCUGUCUGACAAGAAGAAGAUGAAACAGGACUUAGAGGAUGCCAGUAAAAAGGCAGAGGAGGAGAGGUGCCAUCUGGAAGGAGAACUGAAGGGGCUGCAGGAGCAGAUAGCAGAAACCAAAGCUAGACUUAUCACACAGCAGCACGAUCGGGCCCAAGAGCAGAGUGACCAUGCCCUGAUGCUGCGUGAGCUCCAGAAACUGCUGCAGGAGGAGAGGACCCAGCGCCAGGAUUUGGAACUUCGAUUGGAAGAGACCCGGGAAGCCCUGGCAGGGAGGACAUAUGUAGCUGGUCAGAUGGAAGGGUUUGAACUGCAGACCAAGCAGCUGACCCUUGAGGUGGAGGAGCUGAAAGGUGAGCUGCAGGCUCUUCGAGAACAGAAGAAUCGGCCAGACCCCCGGUUGCAGGAGCUUCAGGAAGAGGCCGCCUGUCUUAAGAGCCAUUUCCAGACUCAGUUGCAGCAGGAAAUGAGGAAGACUGCCCUUAUAGAGGAACAACUUCGCCAGCAAUCUCAGGUGGAAGAGCAGAGGGUGGCAACCCUGGAGAAUCAAAUAUCUGAGGUGUCAGAACUGUUGGGCACCUAUGAGAAAGCCAAGCAGAAGGACCAGCUGGCAAUCCAGAAGCUGAAGGAGCGCAUUCUCCAGCUGGACCUGGAGAACAAGACGCUGGCUCUAGCAGCCUCUAGCCGGUCCCCUCUAGACAGCCAUGGGGAGGAUUCCAGUCUGGAUGUUAAUGUCCUGAAAGAUAAGAUGGAGAAGCUGAAGAGGCUGCUGCAGGUUGCAGUCAGGAAAAGCCAAGAGACCUUGGAUGUGGAGAAGCUGUGCAACCUGGAGAUAAUGCCAAGCUCUGAGGCUGCUGAUGGGGAGAAGGCUACUGCGCUCUACUACCAACAGGAGCUGAAACAGCUGAAGGAAGAGUUUGAGAGGUACAAGGUGAGGGCCCAGGUCGUCCUUAAGAGCAGGAACACCAAAGACGGUAACUUAGCCAAGGAGCUGGAGGAAGCCCAGGAACAGCUUGCGGAGCUGAAGGAGAAGUAUAUUUCCCUGCGGCUGUCCUGCGAGGAGCUUGAGCGCCAGCACCAGCAGGAGGCUGAAGACUGGAAGCAGGAGCUGGCCCGGCUGCAGCAUCUCCACAGGCAGGAGCUGGAGCGGAGCCAGCUGGACUUCAGGGACCGCAUGCUGAAACUGGAGGAGGAGCUGCACAAGCAGCGGGACCGUGCCUUGGCCGUGCUGGCUGAGAAGGACUUGGAGCUGGAGCAACUGCGUUCUGUGGCCUUGAUCUCUGGGCUGCCAGGACGCAGAAGCCCAGUUGGAGGCGGGGGUCCUGGGGACCCAGCUGACCCAUCUUCCCCAGAUAGCCUGACCCAAGCACUGCAGCUUGCUGCAGCCAACGAGCCCACUUUCUUCUUGUAUGCUGAGCAGUUGGCCCGCAAGGAGGUGGAGAUCACAUCACUGAGGAAGCAGAAAUACAGGCUGGAAGUAGAGGUGCAUCAGCUGCAGGAUCGGCUGCUGGAGGAGGGGGAGCGGCAUCGGGAGGAGGUUGGAGCUUUGCAGACCCACAUUGAAAAGAGCAUCAGGGACCAGAGUAGGGAGGGAGCCAACCUGGAGUACCUCAAAAACAUCAUCUACCGCUUCCUGACCUUGCCUGAUGCCCUGGGCCGCCAGCAGACGCUCAUCGCUAUCCUGACUAUCCUGCAUUUCAGUCCAGAGGAGAAACAAGUGAUAAUGCAGCUCCCAACCAGUGGUAGCUGGUGGCCUUCUGGCAAGAGAUGAUGCUCUUUUCACUAACUCCUGAAAUUUCUGUGCCUCUUACAUGGGAGGGGACAGGCUUUGGUUUCUACUGCCUCUUCUCUUACAUUAUCAUUUACUUCUUCACUGUGUUGAACUAGGAGGAGUCUUCAAUGGGAUUUUCUGCCAUAUGCCAUUAAUUUCACUUUCCUUGGGCCCUAGAGAAACUGAAGUGUCCCAGCAGCAUCUUCUGGUGGUGUGUGCAUGAGGGGCAAAGCAGGGGCAAGAUUAAGAUUGAGAGGUGCGAGAGAUGGGGAAGUGGUGAGAGUCUUUUAAGAAAAGACUUUUUAGUGUUAUUGUCCUAGCCUACAGCUGGGAGUAAAUGUGACUCCAAAGGGAGUUCAGUUAAUUUUUAAACACAUGGACCAGCUAUUUACUCGAUCUCAUCACCAAUGUGAAUCUGGUCCACUGCUGCCCCAAUUCUCUGGGGACAUAAAUUGGGAUCGGGAGGACCCAAAUAGUUUAAAAUAGGGACAGAUUGUCCACUAGUCCAUAGGCCAAGGAAUAGAGGGUUCAUCCUGGAACUGGGAAGCUUGGUCUAAUUAGGACUGGGUAUGACCUAAUCAUUCUAGACAAAAACACACCACUUGUGACCAUUCGAGAGAGAGCCUGAACACCAGUUCAGCCUUAGGGAGGUCCUGAAUGACCUGCCUUUGGCCUGGAUAGGGUUAUAAUAGACCUCUUACACUUGUCCCUGCCUUAACCUGCUUGCCUGAGGUUGACCUGAGACUGUGAGUGAAUGACUUUGGUGUUUCUUUUUUUUUUUUUUUUUUUGCGGGGGUGAAAGGGUUUAUACCCAACUUAUUCCCACAAGUCAAUCACUAGAAUCCUGUCCACUUGGCGUGUUUUUAUGAGGGAGGAGAAUCUUACUAUUUAGUUUAAUCUGAUGGGUUUUCACUUGAUUCUGAGCAGUUGCUUCAUGAUGUGUUGCUCUUUGAUGGUGCUCUGUUUCUUCUAAGAUUGUAUUUUCUUUCUGUUCAGUGUUUUUGUUACAGCUGACAUUAACACUAGAUACUUUAGAUGAUGUUUCAUUGAACCUAGUAGGUUUGUUUCUCUGUUUUCCAGCCUUGGAGGAUGUCAUGGCUGUAUGAAUUACACUCUCACAGGACACAAGCAUGUCCUCUGCUCUAGCUUUAAUAUGCGUGAUUUCCUCUUUGAUUUUCUCUAUGUUAUUCUCCACAGCAGUGCGAACCCCAUAUUUUCUUUUUUCUUCACUUAAUAGCCAUACUGGAAUAAUACUUAACAGUGUCUGAAAUGUCUUAAGGCCAUUUUUAUCUGGCUCCACUUCAAACUGCUUUACUCUAGACAAAAUCUGGUAUAUUUCUUCAUGUUUUCUCAAGAAUUCCAAUAUGUUCACAGCAUAUUUUCCAUUAUCCUGGGAUUCUUUCACAGAGGAAAAUAAAGUUUUGUUCUGUGUAAUCUCUUGCUUUGAAUCUUUAGUAUUAGAAAAGAUUUGUUGAUGUUGUGGACCCUUGACUCCAGGACAUUUUUCUUCCUGCAGAUUAUUAUACAGCUGGGGCAAUUUUUUACGCUCAACUUAAUCUUCAGAAGUCUGUGUUUGCUGAAUAUUCUGAGUCUGGUAAUCAAGAUGUAUAUCAGUAACCAUUUGCUUGACCACCUUCUGUGCUGAUUUAUUCAAUUGGUCUUGUUUUCUUUCAGCUGUCAGUCUCUCUUCCUUUGGACCAGUCAUCAGUGGUCCCUGAAUUGUUUCUUUACUUUCUAGAAGUUGCUCACCAUCUGAUUCUCUGAAUUCUCUUUGCUUCUCAUGAACUAUACUGAGCUUAUGUUUGUGGCUUUUCUCCAUGGGUUCUAUAGGUAAUUUUACUGUUACUGUUUUCUCUUUGGGGGCUUUUGGAAGAUUAACCUCACUUCUUCUAUUAAAUUCCCAUGAUCAGAUUUACCUCUCAUUUGAUUAAGAGUGUCUGUUCCCACUUGCCACCUGGCUGCCGGCUCCAGUGGUCCUGGUCUCGGCUGAAAAACACUUUUUUUAUCCUUUGGAGAGCCACCUGACGAAUCUCUGUCUUCUGCUCUUCGGAGGAUCCUGCCUUCACAGUUUGCACAUCUUUUUUGAUUACAGCUUUUUUAUCUACCUCUUUGAGAGCUCUUUGUGUCUCUUUCAGAUUCCUGAAUGACGUUUCAAGGUCAUCUCGGAUGAGCUCCUUUUUUCAGGAUUUCUGUCCAGGUGUUUGUAGUCUUCUCAAGGCAUUCAUUCUCAAUGUCACCAAGGAUCGCAUUGGGCUGUUUAGAUUCUUUCCAUGGGUAGUUUGAUUCCUUUAGUGUUUUGAGGGUGGCCAGCAUGUCACCUUUUAUAAUUUCUUCUGUUUUAGCUACUGUUUUUUGAUUUAUGGCCUGGCUGAGGGAAUUUAGGGUUGAUUUCAAAUCACCUUUUAUAAUUUCUUCUUUGGUUGUCUUACAAGAUGUACUCUGAGGCUCUGUCAUAAAAACCCUAACCGCAUUUUGCACAUCUCCUGGGAUGAUGUCUGUUUCAUUAACAGUACAUUCAACCUGCCACUGCCUUUUCUUUAAUAACAGCUUUGUGCCCUCUACAUCACCACCAAUGAUUUCUUCCUCUCCUUCUUGUUUCCUCAUUGUUAGUGUUUCAUUUGACCCUGUCUGGAGUUGUUUGAGAUAAUCCAAAGCUCCAGUUUCUAUGCAUCUUGUGAAAAACUGUACAUUCCCUCUCUCAGAGGCAACAAUUUUAGCCCUUUCAGAUAUUUUAUUGUCUGAGAGGGAGGAUAGCAAACUAUGAAUGGUACGUUUCACAUCACUGCCUAUUGAUGUGAAUCCCACUUAAUGGUGUCACCAGCAUUUUCAUGAAGAAGACAAUAGAUAGUCAUGUUAGUAUCUCCUCUUUCCUUGUGAAUUAAAAUGCCUUUCUUUACAUAUGUUUCCUCAGAGAACAUAUUUUUUAUUGCUUGUUGUACAUCACCACUCACUAUGUCUUCUUUCUCAGCAUCAAAUUCUGUUGAUCGAUUUAGUAAUUGCAUUUUGGUCAAAUUAACAUUUCCCCUCUCUUCUUCACUAACCAAAAUCUCUCUUUUUAUAUGGUCUCUUCUGGAAAGUAAGUUCACCAUUACAUUUUUGAGAUCAACCCUGAUAAUUUCUUCUUUCUGUAUCUCAGGAGAGGCUGGAUUCAUUAGCUUAUAUUUUGCCAUUCGAACAUCCCCAAUUUCAUCAGCUUCAAUAAUGAUUCCAGGAGCCUCAAUAACUUCUUGGGAGCAGAGUUCUUCUAAGGUUUCUUUAAUGCUCUUGCCAAUAAUUUCCACCUUUUCAACUCUAUUCUCAUUAAAUUCUUGAAGGGGUAUAGUUUCAAAGAGCCAUGUAGUUGUCUUCACAUCAGAAAGAGGGAUUUCUUCCUUGAUAAUUUUUGUAAUGCUUUCAUCUACUUCCUUAAUAGAAUCCGAAGUUUGAUUUUCAAAAAGCCAUACUGCCUGCUUAACAUCACCUUUCUCCAUAUCUUCCUGGGUGACUUUUGAUAUUUUUAUAUUCUGACCCUUCUCUACUCAGCUCAUCUAUCGUAUGAGGUUCAAACAGCCAGGUAGAUAUUUUAACAUUGCCCUUUUGUAUUUCAUUGACACUUACUGUUCUUAUAUAAGUAUUGUUAUCAAAAUUGUAAGACUCAAAGAAUUAUUUACUUGUCUUUACACCUCGAAUAUAGUCUACAGUGGGCACUAUAUCAUGUGAUUCUUCUGAAAUCUGAUCCAGUGGCUGGGUUUCAAAUCUGUAUCUGACAGAACUAACAUCUCCCUUCGGAAUGUCUUCUUGUGUGACAGAUUUAAUAGCAUACACAGUCUGUGAUUGAUUAAUUAGGUCUAAUGGUUUUGUUUCAAAAAGCCACUUCAUCCCUCGUACAUCUCCAUGAAUUACUUCUUCCUUUUUAACUGUUGUCACUUCAUGAUAAUGCCCUUCUCGGUCUUGAAUUGCAUAGAGUGGCUGGGUUUCAAAGAGCAUUCUAUAGCUUUUUACAUCACCCUUUAUUACUUCUUCAGUGAUUGUUUCUUUGGUGCUAAUACAGUCAGCUUCUUUAAUCUCAUCUAAAGAAAAAGUCUCAAAAAUAAAGCACCCUUUUCUUACAUCUCCACCUUGUAUGUCUGUCACCUCACCAUCUUAGCUUUCUUUUAUAGUAUCAAUUGGUUGAUUUUCAAAAAGCCACCUGCAAUUUAAAACAUUGCCUUUCUGAAUAUCUUCAGUCUUUAGGGUUUUGAUCUUUUUCAAAACUUCCUCUGAACUUAUAGAGUCCAAGGACUGAUGACUUUGGUGUUUCUUAAUGUUAAUUUCCGUUAAGAAAAAGUCCUAACUUCUUACAGAGAGGAGUCCUAUUGGGAAGCUCUGAUCCUGCUGUCUGGAUACAAGGAAUUAGCUUGUAUAAGAGAUUUACAGACAACUACUGCCCUACCACCUCCCCACCACCCCUACGCCCAAGCUGUUUCUGCCUUUAUAGAGACAGUAAAGAGGGAGAAUUUGCUGCAGAGGAUUCCAGAUGACUGCUGUGACCCUCAUAGGCAAGUGAUGGAAGUUGAGUCAAGGCCUGGCUAGGGUACUUGCUGCUGUGGAUAGCAUUCUAUCCACAGUGAAGUCUCCACGGCCCUACAACCAGCAUGUUCAUGGGUUUCUGUCACAGGGUGUUUUGCUUGCCACCUUAGGGAGUGUUGGGUCCUUGUAAUCGACCUCCAAAUAACCGGGAGACACGUGGAUGCAAAAGCAAGAGCGUUUAUUGGGUAGCCAGCAUGCUGGGGUCUCGCAGCGCAGGUGGAGACCCCAAAGUACAAGUUUAUUCUUCUUUCAUACCAGAGCAGGCGUGCACAGAGCAGGCCGUGCACAAAAUGGGCCGUGUGCAAAGCGGGCCAUACACAGACACAGGCCGUGCACAGAGUGGGCAGGGCACAAAAUGGGCUGUGCACAGAGUGGGCUGCGUGCAGAGCGGGCGUGACCUGUUUCCCACAAAAUGAAGUCAUUGAAAAAAUGGAGUAGUUUAUGCCCAGACUUUUUAGUCAGGACUCUUCAGGGGGUAAUCGUUUCAAUCCACAAUCUUCAUCUUCCCUACUGUUACUAUAACUUUUUCUCCUUCCCUAGGGUUCCUUAGAUUUGGUCUUGUGUAAGUAGAUUCUUUCAGCACUUAUAGAAAGGAGGCUCAUGUUUCAGACAGUUUGGAAAUUCUGAGAGACUCAGAAAAGUCAUGUUCAAACUAUCAGUUCCCCUAUUUUUUCCUUUCCCCCUUUGGCUCUUGCUCAUUAUAGAGAUCUUUGGGCCCUAAAGACCAAUACUUUGCCACCAAGUGGAUUAAUAUGUUUCUUUGUAUUAUUUCAUGGUUAGGGAUCUGUUCUGUGAGGGUUUGGGGUGCAGAAGACAGAUUAAAUGUUCUAAUCAGGAGACUGGGUGACCUGGCUAUCUGCAAACAGUGAGUGGACUUAAUGGAACAGCAAUGAUUUGUUCAAAUGAUGACAUAAACCAUGGAAUCAUUACACCUGAACAGCUUGGCCUAUGUGUUUCCUUAAUGAUCUGUUUGUCUAUCUCUGGACACAAAUAGUAUGUGAAUGAAAAUGGUGAAUGAAAAGGAUGUAUUGAAAUGUUGUUAAUCCAUAAGUUUGAAUCAAGAGAGGAAUACCUCAGUACUUUAAGCACCUCAUUACAACACAAAUUUUUUAGCCUGGAAGUAUGUGGUUCUUUGUAGGCAGUUACAGUGGAGAAAGCUCUGUCAGGCGUUUAGUGGGUGGGCUUGAAAAUUCCAUAAUUACUGUUUCAAACUUUAGAAAUCAUCUGUUUAUAAAUGUUUUCUUAUGCUUCAAAUUAGGAUUCAUGGUAUUCUGGAAAUGUUUCUCAGGACAUGGAGCUAAACUAGGAGUAAUAAUAAUAGUAAUCUCUUAAUUUUCUACCUGAUUCCUUUCAAUGUUGGAUAUACAGUUGACUCUUGAACAACAUGGGGUUCAGGAGCACUGAUCUUCCCCACAUAGUAAAAAAUUUGCCUAUAACUUUUGACUCCCCAAAACUUAACUAGUAGCCUACUGUUGACGACAAUGGGUUGACACAUAUUUUGUAUGUUACAUGUAUUAUAUAUUGUAUUUUUACAAUGAAGUCAGCUAGAGAAAAGAAAAUAUUUUCUCAGAUUCCCACAAAGUUUUAAGAUGUAUUGAAAAAAAUCCAUGUUCAAGUGGACACUUGCAGUUCAAAUCCAUGUUGUUUGAGGGUCAACUGUAUUAUAAUUGUUUUUUUUGGCUUUGGGUAGAAUAGGAAGCUCCAUUGUCACAACUGCUUUCCUAGGAUUAAUAAUAAUUCAUAUGCUUUUGACUUUUGAGAAGACACCAAAUGGGCCAAGAAGCAAGUUAAUUUCUGAUGAGUCAGUUUAAGUGUUGAUACACAUGAGGCUAUGAAUAUUCCCAGCUGAAGCAAACUAACUUGGUCCCUUCCUACCUUUAAGGACACAAGUUCCUGUCUCUCCACUUACUUGCUAUGAAUGAAAUUUUCGGUUAUUUGGUUUGCCUGUGUUCGAUACCCUAAGAAAGGAAAGGGGGAAAAAGAUAAUUGAAAUAGACAUGGAAAAAUAAAUUUUCCUUGGGCCCUGGUCCCAGAAUGAUAUCAACAGUAGACAAGGUGUGUCAGUAGGGUAAUGAGAAUGAACCUUUCAUGUUUAACUACUACUGUGCAAAUCAGAGAAUUGCAGAGAAGAAGAGAUGAGGGAGAGGGGUGGGAAGGCAAGUUGAUAACUCUAAGGCUUUCUGCUUCCCUCCCGCCCCUCCAGUUGGGCACUUCCAAAGAAAUAUCCAUAUAAUCAUGCCCUGAAUGCCGUAAGUCCCCACCUGUUACUCAGAACUCUAAGGCCCUGCGCUUUGUCUUGAGAAGCUGCUUGAGGGUGCCAGAACCAUGUUGAACCAUUUACGCCAAUUAUAACAUUUACUCCUUUCAGGUUGUUAUCCCCUAUUAGCAAUGAAGAAACAGGCUAAGAUGUCAGAUUUACCCAAGGUCAUAUAACUACUAGAUGUCUGAACCAGGUCAGAUUAACCACAAAGCCUCCUUAAUUUGGGGGUGCUCCUAUCUUCUCAGGACUUGGGAGGGUCAGGGCUUGUCUCCACAUAUAAUUGCUAGGGAUGGGGAGACAGUCUAGGCUGAACUGGGCUGAUUCAAAUAGCAUUUCCAGCUAUAAAUUACAGCCACGCUAAGCUGCUACACUAUAGAGUUGAACAGGUAACUGGUUCUUCCCAAGAGCCCUAGAGCUAUUCUGUCCCCCAGGUUUCAGAUAACCACUCAUUUUAGAACUCAGAUCAUUUUAAUGAAAUAAAAGGAGGGCUGGGUACCCGCUAUUGGUAUGGUGUGUUUGGGAUUUGGAAAUAGAACCCUAAUGAGUGGGUCACUUUACCAAAUCUUCAACCACCUUUACUCCCUCCACUCCAUUGUCUUUCCCUGCCUCCUCCAGACAGCCUGGUUACCUCAGAUUGAUGGUUUUUGGAGCAAAAAACUAUAGUCACAUUCUAGGUUGAAAUAUCAGUCCAAUCUCCUACCAGCUGUGUGACCUUGAUAAAUUACUUAAUCUCUCUGAACUUAAUAUAAUGGGAAUAAUAAUACGUAUUUCAGGGUUAUAUCCUCCCAUUGAAAAUUUAAGUACAUAAAGAACCAGCAUAGCACUAAUGUGCUAAACCACAUUAGUUUCUUUUUUUUAAAGAAUGUUAGGUAGCAGUACUGGAAGUCAGACAGCUCUUCUGGAUUUAAGCCCAGUGUUUCUUAGCCACAAAUGUUGCUGUAAUUAAGGAAAAAGGAAAAAUAAUGUCUUUUAUCAAGUGCCUGCUAUGAAGCAGACUGCUAGCAUUUUCCCUACAUUAUUUUACUUAAUUCUCAUGACAAUCUCAUGAAGCAUAUCUAUUCUGCAGAUGAGGAAAUGGAGACUUAGCAAAAUGACGUGAAUUGCCCAAGGUCCAGAGCCAGUAAUGGCAGAACCAGGAUUCAAACACGUUUAUCUGAACCAAAUGGCCCAGGUGCUUUUUGAUUUCUGUGCUGUGUCCUGGCAGAGAGCAAUGAGGAAUAUUGAAAAUGUGUGGCUCUCUGGGAAAUGUAGGGGGCUGUGUUUCUGGCAUGGGCAGGAAGAAGGGGUCCCUGUCUAAGUAGGUCUCUCUUUUCAGUGGCAACUGGUGACCUUAACUAUUUCUCAAAAGCCUCAUUCUUAAUAAUCAGCAGAGCUCUGGCACACUGAAAAUUAUGAAACAGACUCUUGUUACAGGGCAGUUGUCUUGCCAGUGGGUUUCAACCCUGGGCAAGUUCACUAUGGAUUCAGUGUGACCAAAGAAAUGACAGUAGAAUGUUCUUGGGGCGAAAGGGUUAUACCCAACUUUAUUUCCAUGGUGGCAGGUCAAUCACUAAAAUCCCAUUCACUCUGAGCGAGUCUGCAUGCCACAAGCCAGUCUUGGCCUCUGUUCUCUCUGCUUUCCUGCAGGUACUGGGAGGCCAAAGACCCUCAGAAGGAGGCACACCCUGUCCUUUGACUAGCAAGGAGACUAUCUCUGUUUCAGCGUAAAUUUGUCCCUUUGGGCUACUGCUGAAGGAGUAUCUGAGAGAAUGUAUCUGAAGACUGAUUCCACUUUACACGAAUAUGAGUUUUUUUUUUUUUUUUUUUUUUUUUUUCCAAUUCAGCUUUAAUAGAAUCUUCUUGAGAAAUUUUUUUGGGGAGUUGAAAUUCCAGAUCUUUAAUUCUGAGUUCCAUUUGCAUUCUAAAUGAAGAAUUAUCCUUCUCUCUCCACUGCUGUAAUCUCUUUUGUGAUUCAUCCUGUAAAAACCAAUCGACUUCUUUUAAUUUUUCUACUGUUUUCUGUCUUGCUCUUUCUUCAGUGUCCUGUCUGUACUGUUCCAUUUUAUUGUGUUCCAGUGAAAUCCUUGCCAUGUGAGUUUUAAGGUUUCUGACUUCUGAAGAUGAAACUUCCAGUUUUCUUGAAAGAUCAACAACCUGACUUAGGGCUUGAUUUAAUUUCUUCUUUAAGUCCUGUCUCUCAUUAGUAUAGUAUGAGGUAGCUGCUAGCAAAGUCUCUGACUCAAAUCGUUGUAUUUCAGCGUCAGCCAAUUCUUGUUGGAGUUGGUGUCUCACAAGUACCUGUGGGUGGUUAUAGUCACUUCCAUCAGGCCGUUCUUCUUCUUUCUUUGACAUCAUUAUGAAGUCUUGUUCUUCAGUUUUCAGAUCCCCAGGUGUUUGACUGGACACAUCACUGACAGUGAUACCAGGAGAGUCUGAACCUGCUCCGGAUGUUUGUGUUCCCUUCUCUGAUACUCUUAUAUAGCCGACAGAGUCUUUUGCUUCCAUGGCAGGCUCGAUGUGAUGAUAAUUUUCAUGAGAACCUUCAGUUUUCAGAUCCCCAGGUGUUUGACUGGACACACCACUGACAGUGAUACCAGGAGAGUCCGAAUGUAUUCAAACCUCUAUUACGAGCAUAAUUUUCUGCAGUCCAUCCAAGGGUAUCUUCUGAAAGGAUAUCAAUAUCUUGCCGAAGAAGCAGCCUGGCUAUAACUGUUGAUCCAUUAUCUGUAGCAAGCAUGAGUGUUGUUCUUUUUUUCUUAUCAACAGCAUGUACAUUUGCUCCUUUAGUUAGUAAAUACUUUGUCAUUUCAUACUUUCUUUGCCUUAUAGCAAGCAAAAGUGCUGUGAAGCCUUCCUUGUUCGCCUCCAUGUCUGCGUUGUGCGAAAGGAGCUGUGUCAGUAUUGUUACACACUCACCACAAGCUGCAUAGUGUAAAGCAGUGUUGCCAUAGAUGUCACUCACAUUGGGAUCAGCACCAUGGUUUAAAGGAAUACGUGCGCAAUCCUCUUGCUGGCAUUGCACGGCCUUGAUCAGGGGUGUCCUCUCUAGGUUGUCAUGGAGGUUAAGCUUAUAUUUUCUCUGUACCAGGACAGUUACCACUUCUGCAUGGCCGUUGGCACAGGCCAACUGCAGAGCAGUCCGUUACUGCGCCGUGGGCUUGCCUGCUGUCUGUGCUCACACCUGGGGGCAUCCGUCUACUCCUCCUGCGGCCGCCGGAAUGACGAAUAUGAGUUUUUACAUGUAGAUUACAAAUACAAUUUUUAUUAACACGUUGAGCCGUCUACCGUCAAAGUAUUUUGGAUGUUAGUACAUACGAUAGGGUGCGCUGUCUUUCCCUUAGUUCAACAGCUGUCUGGUCUCUUACGAUGAAGCCUCAGCCUAGGGAAUUUCACAGGGCCAUUGUGGGGCAUCCUGCCCUGGCAUUCUGUGUACUCCAUGGCCAUCUGUCCAACUUUGGCCGUUAGUCAGCUGAGAUGAGAUCUGAAGGGGUCUGGAGGCCAUACUUUUUUGUGUUGGUUUUGAAUGCUUACCUAAUAUAAACUUGGUCAGUUUACAUUUUCCAAACCUCAUUUUGUGAGCUCAUUGCUGUUAGGGUCUUUGCUUUUAGGUUCUUACAGCAGACAGAGUUAGGAAAUAUAUGCAUAUAUGGUAUAUACAUAUAUAUAGGUACAUAUGUAGCUAUAUAUGUAACAUACAUACAUAUCCCCGUUUUAGAAAUCGUGAACUCCCGAUAUCUCCAAAUCCAGUUCACUUCCACACAGGUUUUCCUACCCAUCCCUGUUCCAUAGUUGUAUUUCCUUUCUUCUAUAGCAAGAAGCCUAGAAUGGAGCCUGUUAGUGUUUCAUUAAUAUUAAAUGUUUCAUUAACAUUUAAAAGGCAGACUGAAAAGAGCACAAGGAGACACGGGAGGCACAGCCAGCAAAGGAGGAGAAAGCUGGUGGAGGAGAUGUCUGGACUCAAGGGAGAAAUGAGUUUCAUCAGGGAGACAGUACUCAGCCCUGUUACAUUUUAACUCACUUCAUAACAGGAUUUUAAGAAGCUUUUAAAUAUUCACACACAUUCUGCUAUGUAAUUCAGCAACUGUUUUCAUUUUGAUGCUCCUGUCCAAUAUCUGUCCACAGGAAUACUCUCCUUUAUGCAGUAUUAAAUUAUGAAUUAUAAUUUGCUGUUUUGCUUUUACCUUGAUAUUGUCUUGUAACACAUGUUCAUUUUCUAUGUGUCUUCCUCCCCGUUCAUGCUGACCUGCUUUAAUGGUUGUACUGAUUAGAGAGGGAAGAGGCUUCCUUUCUUCUGCUUCAGUGGCUUCCCCAGCCACUCCCUUCUUGCCCCUGCAUCUCCCCCACCACUCUGCUGAAAGGACAGUGACUACACUUAUAUAGUGUUUGUUAAGAUUAAAACAUACGGGGUUGCUGACAUUGAAUUCAUAACGACAGCAAUUUCAUAUGCUCGCAAUAUAAUGUAUGCCAGAUCCUGUAUUUACAUGUAUUAAAAGACCUGAUUUAA